UCGACAUCAAUUUUAAUUCUGCAAUUUUCCUCGAAGCACUUUUUCUGAUGUUUUUUCUUAACUUCGAUCUUCAACCUUGACUCCUCCCUGAGUCGGUGCAUCCAGAAUUCUUCGAGAUCAAAAACCGACUUCGCAAUCGCAUCUUCUUGACUUAUAUCCAUGGAGCUAUGACAAUUUCGCAGCAGCAAGAGAACAUUUUAAUCGAAGAUGGAUUCACUUCUUCUCGAAGAUUUUGGGCAGAAGGUGGAUUUGACCCGACGAAUUCGGGAGGUUUUAUUGAACUACCCGGAAGGCACCACCGUGCUCAAGGAGCUUAUACAGAACGCCGACGACGCCGGAGCUACCCGGGUCCGCCUCUGCCUUGAUCGUCGGGUUCACGGAUCGGAUUCUCUGUUGUCGGACUCUUUGUCCCAGUGGCAGGGUCCUUCUCUCUUGGCGUACAACGAUGCCGUUUUCACCGAGGAGGAUUUCGUUAGUAUCUCCAGAAUUGGUGGGAGUGGCAAGCACGGUCAAGCUUGGAAGACUGGUCGAUUUGGGGUUGGCUUCAAUUCGGUAUACCACUUGACUGAUAUACCUUCUUUUGUGAGUGGCAAGUACGUGGUAUUGUUUGAUCCUCAGGGUGCUUAUCUUCCAAAUAUCUCUGCAGCAAACCCAGGGAAGAGAAUUGAUUUUGUUGGUUCUUCAGCUCUGUCUCAGUAUGAGGAUCAGUUUACUCCUUACUGUACCUUUGGAUGUGACAUGAAAACUCCUUUCAAUGGUACUUUAUUCCGUUUCCCUCUGAGGAACCCGGAGCAGGCAGCUUCUAGUAGGCUUUCAAGGCAAGCCUACUUUGAAGAUGACAUUUCUUUGAUGUUUGAUCAACUCUUCGAGGAAGGCGUUUUCUCGCUGCUCUUUCUUAAAUGUGUAUUAUCUAUUGAGAUGUACACAUGGGAUGCUGGAGACCCGCAGCCGAAAAAACUCUAUUCGUGUUCCGUCAGCUCACCGAAUGAUGAUACUGUGCGGCAUCGGCAGGCGGUUCUUAGACUGUCGAAGGCAUCUAUUUCUGGAGAUAGGGAGAUGGAUGCAUUUACUCUGGAGUUCUUGAGCGAGUCUGUAUAUGGAGGCCAAAGCAAGCGAAGAACAGACAGGUUUUACAUAGUUCAGACAAUGGCAUCAGCGUCUAGCAGGAUUGGUUCGUUUUCUGCCACUGCAUCCAAAGAAUACGAUAUUCAUUUGCUGCCUUGGGCUUCAGUUGCAGCUUGCAUAUCAGAUGAUUCAUCAGAGAAUAAUUUCCUAAAGCUUGGGCAUGCUUUCUGCUUUCUUCCAUUGCCUGUACGGACUGGAUUGACGGUACAAGUCAACGGAUAUUUUGAGGUGUCAUCAAACCGUCGCGGAAUUUGGUAUGGAGAAGAUAUGGAUAGGAGUGGGAAAGUUCGUUCGGCUUGGAAUCGGCUUCUCCUGGAAGAUGUGGUAGCACCCACUUUUGCACGAUUGCUUCUUUGUUUGAGAGAAGUGCUCGAUCCCAGGGAUUCUUACUUCUCCUUAUGGCCAAGUGGAUCUUUUGAAGCACCAUGGAGCAUUUUAGUUGAGCAAAUUUACAAAAACGUCUGCGAUGCUCCUGUGCUGUUUUCGGAACUUGAAGGAGGGAAAUGGGUGUCCCCUGUCGACGCUUACCUUCAUGAUGAUGAAUUCUCAAGGAGCAAAGAACUUGGUGAUGCCUUGCUGCAGCUUGAAAUGCCUAUCGUGUGCCUCCCGAGACCAGUUUUUGAUAUGCUUUUGAAACACCCUUCUUUUUUUCUUCCAAAAGUGGUUACUCCAGAUAGAGUGCGCAACUUUCUCAAAGGAUGCAAAACACUUUCAGCUUUGGAAAAAUCUUUGAAGCUAGUAUUACUGGAGUAUUGCCUGGAUGAUUUGACUGAUGAUAGUGUUUGCACACAAGCCAGCAACCUGAAACUGCUUCCGUUAGCAAAUGGUGACUUUGGCGUCUUUUCUGCAAGUGCAGAAGGUGUCUCCUAUUUUAUUUGUGACGACUUGGAGCAUAUGAUUUUACAGAAAGUUUAUGACAGAGUAAUUGAUAGGAACAUUCCUCCAGGUUUAUAUGGCAGGCUUUUUGCAAUUGCAGAGUCACAAACAGCAAAUCUUAGAAUUUUCAGUAUCCAAAAUCUGCUUCAGUUAUUUCCUAGGCUUGUACCUGCUGAAUGGAAAUACAGAACCAAGAUUUCAUGGCAUCCAGACUCAAACCCAGAUCAUCCUUCGUCAUCAUGGUUUGUUCUCUUCUGGCAGUAUCUUGAGAAACAGUGUGAGAGCCUUUCAUUAUUCUGUGAUUGGCCAAUCUUGCCAUCCACAUCUGGCUAUUUGUAUAUAGCCUCUCCGCAAUCAAAAUUGAUCAACGCGGGAAAGCUUCCCGAUGCAGUCAGAAAUAUAUUAGAGAAGAUUGGUGGCAAAAUAUUAAACAGCAAUUUUAAAGUUGAACAUUCAGACUUGUCCUCCUUCGUUUCGGAUGCUAGUUACACAGGCGUCUUGGAAUCCGUUUUCGAUGCUGCCUCUUCAAAUAUGGAUGUGGUACAGAAUUUAAUUAAUAAUUUGAAUGUUGAAGAGAAGGAUGAACUUCGUAGUUUUCUUUUGGAUCCAAAAUGGCACAUUGGACAUCAGAUUGGCGAUCUAUACCUCAGAAUCUGCAAGCAUUUGCCCAUUUAUCGUGUGUAUGGAGAGACAUGUGCUCAAGAACCCGAUUAUUCUGAUCUUGUUAGUCCUCCUAAGUACUUACCUCCAUUAGAUGUGCCUGCCUGUCUUCUAGGAUGUGACUUUAUUCUAAGCUGCCAAGGCAGGGAAGAUGAUGUUUUGUCGAGGUACUAUGGCAUUGAGAGAAUGAGGAAAAGUAAUUUCUACAGACAGAAUGUUUUCAACAGAAUUGAAGUUUUGCAACCUGAGAUUCGUGAUCAGGUGAUGGUUUCUAUUUUGCAGAAUCUUCCACAACUGUGUAUGGAAGAUAGAUUAUUAAGGGACGAAUUGCAGAACCUAGAGUUUGUUCCAACUGUAAAUGGUCCUCUUAAACGUCCAUCUGUUUUAUAUGAUCCUCGUAAUGAAGAGUUAUAUGCUUUGUUGGAAGAUUCAGACUGUUUCCCUGGUAGUGGCUUCCAGGGAUCUGCGAUCUUGGACAUGCUUCAAGGUUUGGGCCUUAGAACAACUGUUUCUCCUGAGACAAUUUUAGAGAGUGCACGAUUGGUGGAGCGACUGAUGCACAUGGAUCUGGAAAAGGCUCAUUCACGAGGUAAAGUGCUUUUUUCGUUUUUGGAAGUCAAUGCUGUGAAGUGGCUGCCUGAUCAGUCGAGUGAGGAUGAUGGAGCUAUAAACAGGAUAUUUUCAAGAGCUGCGACGGCUUUCAGACCACGCAAUCUGACAUGUAACCUUGUUAAGUUCUGGAGUGAACUUAAAAUGAUUUGCUGGUGCCCCGUUUUAGUGUCUGCUCCAUUUGAAACUUUACCGUGGCCAGUUGUGACAUCUACUGUUGCUCCUCCGAAGCUUGUACGUCCGAAAACAGAUAUGUGGCUUGUGUCUGCAUCCAUGCGGAUACUGGAUGGUGAAUGUUCUUCUACAGCUCUUGCGUAUAACUUGGGGUGGUUAUCACAUCCAGGAGGAAGUGCAAUUGCGGGUCAGUUGCUUGAACUUGGAAAGAACAAUGAAAUUCUGAUUGAUCAGGUUCUUCGGCAGGAACUAGCUUUGGCUAUGCCAAAGAUAUACUCAAUUCUUGCAAGCUUACUUGGUUCAGAUGAGAUGGACAUAGUUAAGGCUGUACUUGAAGGUAGUCGCUGGAUCUGGGUUGGGGAUGGAUUUGCAACUUUGAGUGAGGUUGUUCUCGAUGGCCCUCUUCAUCUUGUUCCCUACGUUCGUGUCAUACCUACCGACUUAGCUGUCUUUAGGAGACUGUUCGUGGAACUUGGUGUUCGAGAAUUUUUAACUCCAGCUGAUUAUGCUGAUGUUUUGUGUAGAAUAGCUGUAAAGAAAGGUACCUCACCUCUUGAUCCACAAGAAAUCAGGGCAGCUGUGCUAAUUGCGCAGCAGUUGGCUGAAGCGCAAUUUCUUGACAAAGUCGCAAUCUAUUUACCUGAUGUUUCUGGUCGACUCUUCCCAUCAAGUGACUUGGUUUAUAAUGACGCUCCAUGGCUGACUGCAUCAGACAAUCAUAACAGCUCAUUUGGUGCCGAGCCUACAAUGCUAUUGAAUGCGAAAAGAACAAUGCAAAAAUUCGUCCACGGUAACAUAUCAAAUGAGGUAGCAGAGAAACUUGGUGUUCGCUCACUUCGUAGAGUCUUGCUGGCGGAAAGUGCUGACUCGAUGAAUUUUAGUUUAUCUGGGGCUGCUGAGGCAUUUGGACAGCAUGAGGCAUUGACCACCAGACUUAAACACAUACUAGAAAUGUAUGCUGAUGGGCCUGGGAUUCUUUUUGAGCUGGUUCAAAACGCGGAAGAUGCAGGAGCUUCUGAGGUGACAUUCCUUUUAGAUAGGACUCAUUAUGGAACUUCCUCACUCCUUUCUCCUGAAAUGGCAGACUGGCAAGGCCCGGCUCUGUAUUGUUUCAACAACUCGGUUUUCACUCAACAAGAUAUGUAUGCCAUCUCACGCAUUGGCCAAGCAAGCAAACUUGAAAAACCUCUUGCGAUUGGAAGAUUUGGGCUGGGAUUUAACUGUGUUUAUCAUUUCACAGAUAUCCCGGCAUUUGUUUCUGGAGAAAACAUUGUUAUGUUUGAUCCUCAUGCCAAUCAUUUGCCUGGGAUCUCUCCUACUCAUCCAGGCUUGCGGAUUAAAUUUGCUGGAAGAAAUAUAUUGGAUCAGUUUCCUGAUCAGUUUGCACCAUUCUUGCAUUUUGGUUGUGACUUAGAGCAUACAUUUCCUGGAACACUUCUUCGGUUUCCUCUUAGAAACGCCAGUGUUGCUCCCAGAAGCCAAAUAAAGAAAGAAGCAUAUGCUCCUGAAGACGUGUUAUCCCUCUUCACUUCCUUUUCUGGAGUAGUUUCGGAGGCUUUAAUUUUCCUGCGGAAUGUAAAAUCAGUAUCCAUUUUUAUCAAGGAAGGAGCUGGUCAUGAAAUGCAGUUACUGCAUCGUGUUUGCAAAGAUUACGAUGUUGAGAAAGAUACUGAACCAAAGCCAUCUACUCAAGUGUUUAGUCUUCUUGAUGAAAAUCUUUCUGCUGGAAUGAGUAAAGAUCAGUUACUAAAAAAACUAAGCAGCUCUGUAGUUAAAGAUCUCCCGUAUAAAUGCCAGAAGAUUGUGGUGACCGAGCAAGAUUCUUCGGGCUAUACUUCUCAUGGCUGGAUAACAGGUGAAUGUCUGAAUGCUGGGCUAAGUAAGAAGCACCUGAACCUUCCAGAAAUGUCCCAUAAGUUAAUACCAUGGGCUAGUGUUGCAGUGCUUAUAAAUUCUGUCAAGAGUGAUAAUGUGGAGAAUGUGGCUGCGAGCAACUCUGAUAUAUUUGGGCCGUCCGCAAUUUCAAAUCAGAAUAGAAGAAAUUUUGGGGGGCGUGCUUUCUGCUUUCUGCCUCUACCUAUAACUACUGGCCUCCCUGCGCAUAUCAAUGCAUAUUUUGAGUUGUUAUCCAACAGGAGGGAUCUUUGGUUUGGUAAUGACAUGGCAGGGGGUGGAAAAGUACGGUCGGAUUGGAAUCUUUACUUGAUCGAGGAAGUUGUUGUGCCAGCCUAUGGUCAUUUGCUUGAAAAGAUUGCAUCUGAACUUGGUCCAUGUGAUUUGUUCUUCUCUGUCUGGCCAGUAACUCUAGGAGCAGAACCUUGGGCAUCCUUAGUUCGGAAGCUCUACAGUUUUAUUGCGAAUAACGGUCUUCGUGUGUUAUAUACCAAAGCAAGAGGGGGCCAAUGGAUCUCAACUAAGCAAGCAAUUUACCCUGAUUUCAGCUUUCCUAAUGCAGAGGAGCUAGUUGAUGUCCUUGCAGACGCUGGUCUCCCUGUCAUUAAAAUCUCAAAGUCAGUUGCGGAAAGAUUCGGAGAGGCUUGUUCAUCUUUGCAUUUUUUGACGCCGCAAUUGUUAAGGACCCUGUUGACACGGCGAAAACGUGAGUUUAAGGAUAGAAAUGGCUUGGUCAUGGCACUAGAAUACUGUCUUCUUGAUUUAAAAGUUCCAUUUCUGUCUGAUAUUCUUUAUGGUCUACCCCUGCUACCUCUCGCUGAUGGUUCGUUUACAACCUUUAACAAGAAUGGGACUGCUGAGAGAAUCUUUUUCGCAGAAGAGAACGGGUAUGAACUUCUGAAGGAUUCACUUCCUCACCAGCUCGUGGACCGAGAUGUGCCGGAAGUAGUUUAUAGUAAGCUGCUGGCUGUAGCACAAAGCGAAGACUCAUGCAUAUGUCUUCUCUCCUGCAGUUUGCUUGAGAAGCUCUUUUUUAAGCUACUGCCAGCGGACUGGCAUCUAUCUGAAAAGAUACUUUGGACACCUGGCCAACAAGGACAUCCGACAGUAGAGUGGAUAAGGGUACUGUGGAGCUAUCUUAAGUUAUCUUGUGAUGACCUCUCAAUAUUUUCUAAGUGGCCCAUAUUGCCAGUUGAAGAUCGCUGUCUCAUGCAACUGACUAUAAAUUCAAAUGUUAUUCGAGAUGAUGGCUGGAGCGAGAACAUGUCUUCAUUAUUGCUGAAAUGUGGAUGCCGGUUCUUAAAUCGCGAGCUUCCCGUAGAGCACCCUCAGUUGGAAACAUUUGUUCAACCACCAACAGCAAUAGGCAUAUUGAAUGCACUUCUUGCAGUUUCUGGUGGGCAAGAAAACAUAAAAGGGAUUUUCCUUAAUGUUUCAGAAGGAGAAUUACAUGAGCUACGGAAUUUUAUUCUUCAGGCAAAGUGGUUUUCUGGUGGACAAAUGAAUGAGGUCCACUUUGAGACCAUCAAACACCUCCCCAUAUUUGAGUCAUACAGAAAUAGAAAACUUGUGAGUUUGAACUGUCCAGUUAAGUGGCUAAAACCUGAUGGCAUCAGGGAGGAUCUGUUGGAUGAUGAUUUUGUACGCUUAGACUCAGAGAGGGAGAAAGCUAUCUUCAAAAAGUACUUACAAAUAGAAGAGCCCUCGAGAAUGGAAUUUUACAAAGCUUGUGUACUUAAUCGUAUGUCUGAGUUCCUUUCCCAGCAAGAAGCUAUGUUGGCCAUUUUGCAUGAUCUAAAUGAUCUGGUCGCCGAUGAUGAAUCCCUUCAGUGUGCAUUAUCUACAACUCCUUUUGUUCUCGCAGCUAAUGGAUUAUGGCAACAACCUUCCAGGUUUAUCUAUCUUAUUACCUUUUUCCUAUCCUUAUACCUUGAAAAUGUUAAUCGCAGACUACGGCUUUAUGAUCCUCGUGUUCCUGGGCUACAGGAGCUUCUUCACAAAGAAGUCUACUUUCCUUCUGAGAAAUUCUUAGAUUCUGAGAUCCUGGAUGCAUUGGUUGGUCUUGGACUUAGAACAACUCUUGAUUGUGCUGCCUAUUUGGAUGCCGCUAGAAGUGUGUCAAUCCUACAUGAUUCGGGAGAUCUAGAAGCAUCGAGAUAUGGAAGAAGACUGUUCUUCUAUAUCAAAUCCCUUUCUGUCAAACUAGCAUCUAAGACAGGUGAAGCUAAUGAUGAUGAAUCACAAAAUCUAAUGUCCAUGACAAGUGAAGACUCGCCUGAUGGAGAAACCUAUCCUGAAUAUGAAGCUGUGACUAGCUAUCUCGGGAGCUUGCUCACUGAACAAUCGGAGGAUGAUUUUUGGUGUCAACUGAGGUCUAUCCCAUGGUGUCCUAUUUGCCUUGAUCCACCGAUAGAAGGAAUUCCAUGGCUUGAAUCUAGUAACUUGGUGGCAUCUCCAGAUAGAGUGAGACCCAAGUCUCAGAUGUUUUUGGUGUCUGCCACGAUGCACUUGCUGGAUGGCGAAUGCAAUUCAUCAUAUCUACUUCAUAAACUUGGGUGGAUGGACUGUUUAAGUAUUGAUGUCCUGUGCAGACAACUAAUUGAGAUAUCAAAGUCUUAUAAAGAACAGAAGUCUCGUUCAUCAGUAAAUCCUGAUUUUGAGAGCAUGCUACAAAGUCAAAUUCCUCUACUCUAUACAAGACUGCAAGAACAUGCUAGGGAAAAUGACUUUCUUGCUCUUACAUCAGCACUAAAUGGUGUUCCUUGGGUGUGGCUUGGGGAUGAUUUUGUCUCUGCAGAUGUUCUUGCUUUUGAUUCUCCGGUGAAGUUUACCCCUUAUCUAUAUGUUGUCCCUUCAGAAUUAUCAGACUUUAAAGAACUGCUUCUAGAAUUGGGCGUGAGGCUUAGUUUUGAUGCGGCAGAUUAUAUGAACACUCUGCAACACCUGCAGAAUGAUAUAAAAGGAUCACCGUUAACAGACGAACAGAUAUAUUUUGUCCUUUGUGUUCUUGAAGCCAUUGCAGACUGUUUCUCUGAAGCGUCACAAGAUUGUGAUAGAAAUCUAGUGCUAGUUCCUGAUUCUGCUGGAUUUUUGGUCCCGUUGGAGGAUCUUGUUUAUAAUGAUGCACCAUGGGUAGACAGCAGUUCUCUUUCUGGGAAAAGGUUUGUGCAUCCUAGCAUCAACAAUGACAUGGCCAAUAAAUUGGGGAUACAAUCUCUUCGUUGUAUCUCCUUAGUGGAUAAUGAUAUUACCCAAGAUCUUCCUUGUAUGGAGUUCACAAAAUUGAAGGAGCUUCUAUCACUCUAUGGAAGCAAAGAUUUCUUGUUGUUCGAUCUUCUUGAGUUAGGUGAUUGCUGCAAGGUUAAAAAGCUGCACAUUUUCUUUGACAAGAGAGAGCACUCUCGCAAGUCCUUGCUGCAGCAUAAUUUAGGUGAAUUUCAAGGACCUGCUCUGGUUGUUAUUUUAGAAGGGGCUACAUUGACCAGAGAGGAGGUCUGUAGUCUUCAGCUUCUUUCACAGUGGAGGGUUAAGGGUGAAACUCUUAACUAUGGGUUGGGCCUUCUUAGCUGUUACGUCAUGUGUGAUCUUCUGUCUAUUGUUUCUGGUGGCUACUUUUACAUGUUUGAUCCCCAAGGAGCGACCCUUUCUGCAUCCACGACUCAGGCUCCUGCUGCAAAGAUGUUCUCCUUAGUAGGUACCAAUUUGGUUGAGCGAUUCAGUGAUCAAUUCAUUCCCAUGCUGAUUGGUCAAGAUAAGGCAUGGUCAUCGACAGAUUCCACCAUUAUUCGGAUGCCUUUAUCAUCUGAAAUCUUGAAAGAUGGACUUGAGGCGGGGUUACCUAGAGUGAAGCAAAUGUCUGACCAGUUUUUGGAGAAUGCCUCCAGAAUCCUCAUUUUCUUGAAAUCAGUUUCUCAGGUUUCAUAUUCCACGUGGGAGCAAGGAAACGCAGAACCACAUCAAGAUUACGCGCUGCAUAUUGAUUCAGCAUCAGCUAUCAUGAGGAAUCCAUUCUCGGAGAAAAAAUGGAGAAAGUUUCAAAUUUCGAGGUUGUUUAGUAGCUCAAGCGCUGCUGUUAAAUCACAAAUAAUAGAGGUUAACCUACGUAUAGGGGUGAACAAACUUCUGGAUCGAUGGCUUGUUGUUCUCAGCAUGGGCUCUGGGCAAUCACGAAACAUGGCUCUUGACAGGAGGUAUCUAGCGUACAAUUUGACACCUGUUGCUGGAGUUGCUGCACAUGUAUCUCGAAAUGGUCGUCCUGUUGAUGUUCAUCCAUCCAGCCCCAUAAUGUCUCCUUUGCCUUUGUCUGGUAGUGUGAAUCUACCUGUCACCAUCCUUGGGUGCUUCCUCAUUCGGAAUAACUGUGGUCGUUUUCUCUUCAAAAGUCAAAAUAAGAGAGCUAUGUCAGAGCCACAGCUCGAUGCUGGAGAUAGAUUGAUUGAUGCAUGGAACAAAGAGUUAAUGUCAUGUGUUCGAGAUUCUUACAUAGAAAUAGUGGUGGAGAUGGAAAGACUAAGGCGAGAGCAUUCAAGCUCUUCAAUUGAAUCAAGUACAGCACGUCAGCUGGCCCUUUCACUUAAAGCCUAUGGUAAUCAGUUGUAUUCCUUCUGGCCACGAUCUAAUCAACAUGCUUUGCUUACCCAACAUGACGGUGCUCUAGCAACAGAAGUGCUCAAGCCGGAGUGGGAAUGCUUGGUUGAACAAGUUAUAAGGCCGUUUUAUGCUCGUGUUGCUGACCUUCCUCUGUGGCAGCUUUACUCAGGAAAUUUGGUCAAGGCUGAAGAGGGUAUGUUUCUAACACAACCUGGUAGUGAGGUUGCUGUUAAUUUGCUUCCUGUUACAGUUUGCAGCUUUGUGAAGGAGCAUUACCCUGUAUUUUCCGUGCCUUGGGAAUUGUUGGCUGAAGUCCAGGCAGUAGGGAUUCCGGUUCGAGAAGUUAAACCAAAGAUGGUUCGCGAUCUUCUAAGGAAGUCAUCUGCAUCUAUCGAUCUCCGAUCUGUUGAUACUUAUAUUGAUGUACUUGAAUACUGUCUCUCAGAUAUUCAAUUCAUUGAAGCACUUAACCCCGAAAUGGAUAACAUGGAUGAAGGAAACAGUAAUUCUGCCUCAAUGUCGAUGUCGACUCAAGCUCAGGCUGGCUCAAGUGAUGCUUUUGAAAUGAUGACAAGCCUAGGGAAGGCUUUGUUUGAUUUUGGUAGAGUUGUUGUUGAAGAUAUUGGUCGUGCUGGAAAUAGUAUAAAUAGAUACAGUAAUCUUGACCCGAGAUUUCUAUCUGCAGUUAAUGAAUUAAAAGGGUUACCAUGCCCGACUGCAACAAAUCAUUUAACACGGCUGGGUGUUUCUGAGCUAUGGUUGGGCAACAAGGAGCAGCAGGCAUUGAUGUUGCCGGUGUCUGCACGAUUUAUCCAUCCAAAAGUAUUCGACAGAUCGAGUUUGGCUGAUAUAUUUCUGAAGUCUUCAGUUCAAGCAUUUUUAAAACUAAGGAGCUGGUCUCUUCCUUUACUUGCAAGCAAUAUGAAAUAUCUUUUUCAUGACCACUGGGUUAAUUACAUCUCGGAAUCAAAUGGUGUGCCAUGGUUUUCAUGGGAAAGUACAUCCAGUUCUAGUGAUGAUAGUGGUCCCUCGCCUGAAUGGAUAAGGCUCUUUUGGAAGAAUUUUAAUGGAUCAGCAGAUGAGCUCUCUCUCUUUUCAGACUGGCCUUUGAUUCCCGCCUUCCUUGGCAGACCGAUUUUAUGCCGUGUAAGGGAGCGACACUUGAUCUUCUUUCCACCACGGCCUUCGGAGCCAAUCUCUAGAAGUGCUACUGAUAUGAAUCAGAGAGACAGUGAUAUGCCCACAACAUCAGUAACUGAUGGUUCUUUAUCUGAGUUAAUACAGCACUAUGUUUCAGGCUUCGACCUAGCACAGAGAGAGCAUCCUUGGCUGAUUUUACUGCUGAACCAGUGCAAUAUACCUGUUUGUGAUGCUGCAUAUAUUGAUUGUGCUGAGAGAUGCAAGUGUCUUCCUUCAUCAAGCGUGUCACUUGGCCAAGCGAUAGCCUCCAAGCUUGCUGAAAGCAAACGAGCUGGCUACAUUGCCGAUAUGGCUUCUUUCCCGACGUCUGGCCGUGAUGAGCUUUUUACCCUUUUGGCUAAUGAUUUCUCUUCCAGUGGCUCCAGAUAUCAAGCAUAUGAACUUGAAGUACUAAGUUCACUUCCUAUAUUUAAAACUGUCACUGGUUCUUACACGCAUUUGCAAAGGCAGGGUUUGUGUAUAAUCGCUGGAAAUUCCUUCCUCAAACCAUAUGAUGAAUGUUGCUUUUGCUAUUUUUCAGAUUCAGUUGAAUGUCACUUUCUCCAAGCCCUUGGGGUCUCUGUGUUGCAUGAUCAUCAGACUUUAGUAAAGUUUGGGUUAGCUGGGUUUGAAAGCAGAUCUCAAUCUGAACAAGAAGAUAUACUACUUUAUCUAUUUGGAAACUGGCGAGAUCUAGAGGCCGAUUCUUCUGUGAUUGAAGCUCUUAGGGAGGCUAAAUUUGUCAGAAAUUCUGAUGAAUUCUCCUCUGAGCUGUCAAAACCGAAGGAUUUGUUUGAUCCUUCUGAUACAUUACUAGUGUCAGUCUUUUUUGGCGAACGAAAACGAUUUCCUGGAGAAAGAUUCUCAUCAGAAGGCUGGCUUCGCAUUCUACGGAAAGCUGGCCUUCGAACUGCAGCCGAAGCUGAUGUCAUACUUGAAUGUGCCAAAAGGGUGGAGUUUCUGGGUAUCGAGCGUAAUAGAUCCUCUGAAGAAGAUGAUUUUGAAACGGAUAUUGUGCAAUCUGAGAAGGAUAUUUCAGUUGAGUUAUCAACAUUAGCAGGAUCUGUACUUGAAGCUGUAUUUUCAAACUUUGCUGGUUUUUAUAGCACCGCAUUCUGCAACACACUUGGUCAGAUUGCUUGUGUGCCUGCUGAAUCAGGGUUCCCAAGUAUUGGUGGCAGAAAAGGCGGCAAAAGAGUCUUUACAAGUUUCAGUGAAGCUGUUCUUUUACGGGACUGGCCCCUGGCUUGGAGCUCUGUUCCUAUUCUUACAACUCAGAGAUUCGUUCCACCCGAUUAUUCAUGGACAGCAUUCCGCCUAAGAAGUCCUCCAAUUUUCUCGACUGUUCUUAAACACUUACAGGUAAUCGGACGCAAUGGUGGUGAGGACACUCUAGCUCACUGGCCCAAUGAUCCAAAUGUGAUGACCAUUGAUGUUGCUUCUUGUGAAGUUUUGAAGUACCUGGAAAAGGUUUGGGGCUCCCUCUCUUCUUCAGAUAUUUUGGAGUUGCAAAAGGUUGCCUUUUUACCAGCUGCAAAUGGAACACGCUUGGUGGGCGGAAGCUCCCUCUUUGUUCGCCUACCAAUCAACCUAUCACCUUUUGCAUUUGCACUUCCUAGUCUCUAUCUACCUUUUCUGAAGAUCCUUAAAGAUUUGGGACUUAACGAUGUGCUUUCAGUUGGUGCUGCAAAGGAAAUGCUCUCUAAAUUACAAAAAGCAUGUGGUUAUCGGCGUUUGAACCCGAAUGAGCUUCGAGCUGUGAUGGAGAUUCUUCAUUUUCUCUGCGAUGAAAUCAAUACGACAAAGGCACCCGAUGAUUCCACCGCUAAAUCAGAUGUGAUAGUCCCAGAUGAUGGCUGCAGGCUUGUCCAUGCACGAUCUUGUGUUUAUGUCGAUUCCUUUGGGUCACGCUAUGUGAAAUAUGUAGAUACUGCAAGGUUAAGACUUGUUCAUCCACUUCUUUCGGAGAGGAUCUGUCUAGAAUUGGGUGUCAGAAAAUUUUCUGAUGUGGUUAUUGAGGAACUUGAAAGCGCUGAACAUAUUCAAACCUUAGACAACAUAGGGUCCAUAUCACUCGGGACUAUUAGAAGGAAGUUGCAGAGUGAAUCGUUUCAAGCUGCUCUGUGGACUGUCAGCCGUCAGACCACCACCGUGGAUGACUUGUCUUUUGAAGAUGUGCAACAUUCUCUUCGAUCUGCUGCAGAAAAAAUUGAAUUCGUCAGAAGUAUAUAUACUCGAUUUCUUCUCCUGCCAAACUCCGUAGACGUUACCCUCGUGUCUAAGGAGUCCAUGAUUCCCGAGUGGGAGAAUGAAUCGCGUCAUCGAACUAUGUAUUAUAUCAACCGUCACAGAACAUCUAUCCUAGUUUCUGAAUCGCCUGGCUACAUUUCAUUCCUGGAUGUCAUGGCAACAGUGGUGAGCGAGGUUUUAGGCUUUCCAACUUCCCUGCCUAUAGGAUCUUUAUUUUCAUGUCCUGAGGGAUCUGAAACUGAAAUUUCCGCUUGCCUGAGACUAUGCUCCUAUGCUCUUACAAACACCGGCGCAGCUGAUAGUUCCAUUGGCCAAGAGAUAAUGCCGCAGGAUGCCAUACAAGUACAGCUUCACCCUUUGAGACCAUUCUACAAAGGGGAGAUUGUUGCUUGGAAAAUCCAACAAGGAGACAAGCUGAGAUAUGGAAGAGUCCCAGAGGAUGUUCGACCUUCUGCAGGCCAAGCCCUUUACAGAUUCAAGGUUGAAAUGACACCUGGAGAGACUGGUUUAUUACUUUCAUCUCAAGUUUUCUCCUUCCGAGGCACGUCAAUUGAAAAUGAAGGUCCCACGACUUUGCCCGAGGCGCUCCCCACAAUACCUGAUAACAGAUCUCAAGAAACUUCAGAAAGAUCCAGAACUAACAAAGCAAGUUCUAGCCAGCCUGUGAAUGAAAUGCAAUAUGGUCGAGUCACAGCUAAAGAAUUAGUUGAGGCAGUCCACGAGAUGCUCUCUGCAGCUGGAAUCAAUAUGGAACUGGAGAAUCAAUCUCUACUACAAAGAACCAUAACCCUUCAAGAAGAACUCAAGGACUCUCAAGCUGCAUUCAUACUUGAGCAGGAGAGAGCAGAGGCUUCCUUAAAGGAAGCAGAGACGGCGAAAUCACAAUGGGUUUGUAAGAUAUGUCUGAUCAAAGAAGUGGACAUCACCAUUGUACCAUGCGGACACGUCUUGUGUCGAGAAUGUUCAGCUUCAGUCUCUAGAUGUCCGUUUUGUCGCCUUCAAGUCUCUAGAACCAUCCGAAUCUUCCGACCGUAAUUAACACCAAAUGUCAAUUUAUCUAUCAAAGUCGUCCAUAACCAAAAACGGAGACAUAUUACAAAAAAAUCUUAAAAAUUGGAGUUUGUAAGAAGUGCUUUAAUCAAUCAUAGGGCGACAUGUGUAGAAAUGGUGGACUACGUAGACGUUAGAUAACCACCACUCAGAUAAGGAAGAGAGAGAAAGCUUACACACCAAAAGGAUAUGUGUAGAGGCGGGAGAGAAGAGAAGAAGAGAAGAAGAACAGGCUUCAAUGGCGUCUCUGCAACUCUGCGACGGUUAUCUCCUCUUCAAGCCCUCUGUAUCUACUCGAUUCCUCCCUCAUCAACGCAUCUCUCACCGCUUCAUCCCUAAGGCCUGCGCUUCUCCUCCAUCUUCAGAUUCAUCUUCGCCCUCCUCCUUGUCUGUAAAUCGGAGGCAGCUUCUCUACCAAUCUGCGGCAGUUUCACUCUCGCUUUCUUCAAUCGUCGGGCCGGUAAAAGAAGCGAAAGCCGAGGAGCAGUUAUCCGAAUGGGAAAGAGUCUUCCUCCCCAUCGAUCCCGGCGUCGUUCUUCUCGACAUUGCUUUCGUCCCUGACGAUCCCAGCCGCGGGUUUUUACUGGGAACGAGGCAGACUCUCUUAGAGACCAAAGACGGUGGAAACACUUGGGCUCCACGCUCAAUCCCUUCAGCUGAAGAGGAGGAUUUCAACUACAGGUUCAAUUCAAUCAGCUUCAAAGGCAAAGAAGGAUGGAUCAUCGGCAAGCCUGCAAUCUUAUUGUACACUGCUGAUGCCGGAGAGAAUUGGGAUAGAAUUCCCCUGAGUUCUCAGCUUCCCGGUGAUAUGGUGUUUAUAGAGGCGACCGGAGAUAAGAGCGCAGAGAUGGUUACCGAUGAAGGUGCUAUAUAUGUCACCUCAAACAAGGGAUAUAACUGGAAAGCUGCUAUUCAGGAAACUGUGUCAGCUACCUUGAACAGAACAGUCUCCAGUGGAAUCAGUGGUGCUAGUUACUACACGGGAACCUUCAGUGCCGUUAAUCGUUCACCAGAUGGAAGAUACGUCGCUGUUUCGAGCCGUGGUAACUUCUUUCUCACAUGGGAGCCUGGGCAGCCUUACUGGCAACCACACAACAGAGCUGUAGCCCGAAGAAUUCAGAACAUGGGAUGGAGAGCUGAUGGUGGUCUUUGGCUUCUUGUUCGUGGUGGAGGACUUUAUCUUAGCAAAGGCACUGGGAUCUCAGAGGAGUUUGAAGAAGUUCCGGUACAGAGCCGUGGCUUUGGCAUUCUAGAUGUUGGUUAUCGCUCAGAGGAAGAAGCAUGGGCAGCAGGAGGCAGUGGCAUUCUACUGAGAACAAGAAAUGGAGGCAAGUCAUGGAACCGUGACAAAGCUGCUGAUAAUAUCGCAGCUAAUCUCUACGCGGUCAAAUUUGUUGAUGACAAGAAAGGGUUUGUGCUUGGCAACGAUGGAGUAUUGCUCCGAUAUGUUGGAUGAAGAAAGUGGGGCAAUGAAAAAGGUGAAGUUUAAUAUCGUUUGGUUUCACAGUCUUCUCUGUAAAGCGUUUGAUACCGCGUUACACUAUUGUAUACACUACCCUCCAUUAAAUAUAUAAAGUUCUAUAAUCUAUUACCGAUUUUUGUCUAUUGUAUGAAAGCUUUGUUUUGACUGUUAGUUGGAUUUAGCAAACAAACUUUAUUUUUUGUUUCAACUCCCAAAUAAAGUUAAUUAUAUCCAUUGAAUCUCUUAUGAUAUUUAAUUAUUGUGUAGGCAAACGAAGAACUCUUUUCCCCUCGCCGACACUAUGCCUAUAGUUUGUUUCUUGCUUAAAAAACGGUCUAUCCAGUGGAGAUAUAUUUUUAUUAACAACUUUCUAGUCAACACUUGAUUCCAAAAUCUUCGUAUCAUAUAUAGAGAGACCAUCGUAUAAGUCAUAAGAGAAACAUAAACUAAAUGUUAUCAACAUAACGCGGUUUUAUUUUUCAUAUUUGUUUUUUUUUUAAUUGAAUUUAUAGAUAAAUAAUGAAAUUGUUCUUCGUUUUUUUUUGUAAAAGGAAAAUUUGAGUUUUGCGUCGUUCCGGUGGCGACGAGAGAGGGGAGAGAUCUCUCGUUCGUUUUUCCCUGAAAAUCCGGCAAGAAAAAGUCACAACGAACCUACGAGAAAAUUCGUCUCUUUCACUCCACGAGUUUUCACCUCUCUUUCUCAACCUCUCACAGCGUCUCUUCCUCGUUUCCUCGUCUUCGCUUUUUCCCCCUUUUUCCUUCUUCGACUUUGCCGGAAUCCGAAAACUGUGAUCAGAUCUAGCUUCGGAUUGUACAGAGCAAUGCUUACGGAUCGAGGGAGGCGGAUUUCUGUUUGCAAUGGAGCUCUUGAUUACAGCAGCAGAAAAUUCCGUGUUGACAAUGGUUACGGAUUCGUAGAUCGAUCGGGAGGCUGCCGCGAUUGGAGCCAUUCCAGGUCCUCUGCUUCCAAAAUCCUGCGUAUCUCGUCACCGACCUCGUCUCCACCGUCUUCGACUUCUUCCGCCCCGCUGAAUUGCUCCUUCUCUACCGGCGCUGGUUACAUCGAACACCCGGUCUCCAAGUUCGACACUCUCGCCGGCAUUGCCAUAAAGUAUGGUGUUGAGGUUGCAGAUAUCACGAAGCUGAAUGGGCUUGUUACUGAUCUUCAGAUGUUUGCUCUCAAGUCUCUCCGGAUACCAUUACCUGGGAGACAUCCUCCUUCUCCAUGCUUAUCUAACGGCUCCUUGAAUCAUGGGGAGGAUUGUUCUGAGCAAGCUUCAUCAUCAGCAAGCAAUGGCAACCUCCAAGACGUGUUUGAUUCCUUCCAGUCUUUGACGCUAAAGCCUUCAGAAACGAAGAUUUCUCCAGCCAUGAACUCCUUGCAAGGUUACUAUGGACUGAAACCAAGAAACAGAAGGGCUUCUGAAGGUUUAGAGAUGCCAGCUUACAAGAAAGAUUCUUCUCAUCUCCAAGACGAUGAUCAGUACCUCACACCCUUCCCAGCCACCAGUACUCCCUUAAAUCACCACCACAGAAAAUCCAGAAGCUUGGUAGAUGCAGUUAUCGCCGAGGUGAACCAAUCCUCAAAGGCAGGAGGAGAAAUGAAUUCUGAUAAGCCAAUGAGAAGACGCCAAAAAUCCGAAGCCGAUUUCAACUCGCGAGCCCCGGAACUGCUUUUGAAGGAGGAGAACAGAAGGAGCAACGGCGGGUUUUCUGCAAUAGCCGGGAAAGGUUUAGCUCUGAGAUCCAAAGCAGCAAGCCGAACCAAUCUGUCAGCAGAUACCGAGACCGGCAAUUCCAAUCCGGUACCAAUCAGUUUGAUGGAUGCUCCUGUGGGAGACAGCUUCUCAAGCGUGAGGAAAUCGUUUAGCGCGUCUAGUCUGCAAGAACCGGACUGUAACAGCAACGGUUCAUCGAUAUGGCCAACCUCGAAGUGGACAUUGAAACCUGAUUUGCUCACACAAGCAGCCAUGACGAGCUCUAUCUUUGAUGGAUUGCCUAAGCCUUUAACUGGUCGGAGAAACAAAAAGGCUGUGGACUAAGCUGUCCCUGUUGUUUAUCGACUGACCACUUUUGGCUCUGGAAUCCAUAAGCAAGAAGCUAUUAGCUGUAGAUGGUGGGAGUAAAUACAAGUACAGUGUAUUAUUGCGUUGCAUUGCAUUUAUUUAAACCAAUAAUGCAAAUUGGUUUUGUACUAAGUGAGACUGUGAGAGUCAGAUCAGGAGGCAUUAAGGAUUUUUUAUUCACAAGUAAUAAAAGUUACAAAGAGUUUUGUUUUCUUUUUCCUGGAUUAACUAACAAUCAAAUCUUGAAGUAGUUCAUGAUUACUACUUCUGUGUAAUUCAUUUUGCUCUGUGAUCAAUUUUUCCAAUAAACAUAAAGAAAAAAAAAUCGAGAAAAAAACAAAUUAAAGAGGUACUAUUAAUAAUAAAUCUGAAAUCCCUAACCUCGAGAAAGCACCCGGAAUCGAGUUCCAUUUCUCGAGCAUUCAUUCCUUCUCUCUGAGCAGAACAAACCUAGAGUUCCGAUGAUGAGGGGUCUUGUUUCCGGCGCCAAAAGGCUAUCAAAUCCAUCGUUGAUGGCGACAACCACCGCCACUGCGAGAAGAAGCUACAGUCUGAUUCCGAUGGUUAUUGAGCAUUCAUCGCGAGGGGAGAGAGCUUACGACAUCUUCUCUCGAUUGCUCAAGGAGCGUAUUAUCUGCAUCAACGGUCCCAUCAAUGACGACACCUCUCACGUCGUCGUCGCCCAGCUUCUCUUCCUCGAGUCUGAGAAUCCUUCCAAGCCGAUCCAUAUGUACCUCAAUUCACCAGGCGGCCAUGUCACCGCCGGUCUUGCCAUUUACGAUACUAUGCAGUACAUUCGUUCUCCGAUAAGCACAAUCUGUUUAGGCCAGGCUGCAUCAAUGGCUUCUCUGCUCUUGGCAGCUGGUGCCAAGGGGCAAAGGCGGUCUCUGCCAAAUGCAACCGUUAUGAUUCAUCAGCCUUCAGGAGGGUACAGUGGGCAGGCUAAGGAUAUAACGAUUCAUACAAAACAGAUCGUUCGUGUGUGGGACGCGUUGAAUGCACUGUACUCCAAACACACGGGUCAACCUAUUGACGUGAUUGCAAAGAACAUGGAUAGGGACCAUUUCAUGACUCCUGAAGAGGCUAAGGCGUUUGGAAUAAUCGAUGAAGUGAUUGAUGAAAGACCGUUGGAGUUGGUGAAAGAUGCAGUUGGCAACGAAAGCAAAGAUAAGAGUUCAAGUUAGGAAGUAACUGGUAACCAAAGUAAUAAAAUUUUCUUUCUUUUCAACUUUUACCAGUUUUGCUUUGCUUCAGUUUUAGAUUACUUUUUCUAUGGAUGAAUUUUUAUGCCCGGUCAUGGCAGUGGGGAUGAUGUCUUAAACUGUUUUUAUUCUUUCAGAUAACGAUCAUGACUAUAUUUCAGAACUCUUUUCCUUGCAUGUUCACACACACGGUCUCAUUAUCUGAUUUGAGUUAAUUGGUUAAAGAGUGGCUUUAGGUCGUAAUUCCAUGUGCAGUCUUGAUCCAGUACACACUUGUUUGGUUGAUACACAUUCUUUUGAACUAACUAGAGUCUAGAAUGGUGAGAUUGUUGUUUAGUUUCAGAAAUUAAUGCUGUGGUCUGCUGUUCUUUAUGCGCUUGAUCAAUAUUCUUGGCUUUCACUAAUUUUUGAUUGUUUUGUGUUAGAACACCAUCAGAUUCUUAUGGUGUCUAGGGUGGACUUUGAUUGUGCUCUGGUAAAUUAGGAAGAGAGACUCUUAAGAUCUCUGUGACAAGUCUCAUAUUAUCUUGUAGUCUUGUCUUGUCGGAGACUUGGAGCUGAUAACCUCUUUUUUUUUGGGACAUCUAACUCAUUUAAAGGCUCAAGUUCAAGCAGAGUUAUUACUAUAUAUGAAAGAAAAGAAAUUUAUAAUUUGUAAAUGGAAGCAUGAAGGAAAGGAAGUAAGUAUUUAGGAUAUUAAAAAAGGAAACAUUAAUCUGUG